CUCUCUCAGUUUUGCCCAAUCCAAUUCGCCGCCUUAUAUUUACUCUGUGUGUGUGUAUAUAUAUAUAUAGAUGUAUGUAUAUAUGCAGUAGUUCUCACGCCGAAAUAAUAACAUAAAAUGUACUUGUUCCUCUCUUCUCAAGUUUCUUCUUGAUAGCCUGAUCAUAGCUUCUUCUCUUUCAUUAUUGGCACCAAGCAUUUGAUCUAAUUUCUCUUAGAUCCCAAGUUCUGUAGUUAAUCUUGCUUCUGGGCUUUCUUCUGCUUUGACAAAAGGGGUUGGAAUUGGAAGAUUCAGAAGAUGUUGGGAGAAUUCAUAACCAGUAGCCUAGUAUUGAUUCUUGGCUAUGCCUACCCUGCUCUUGAAUGCUUCAAAAGUGUGGAGAAGAACAGAGUUGACAUUGCAGAACUGCGUUUUUGGUGCCAAUACUGGAUAAUUGUUGCGUUGGUUAGAGUACUGGAGAGUAUUGGCGAUCUUUCUGUCUCAUGGAUGCCAAUGUAUACCGAAGCAAAGUUGGCACUUUUCAUCUACUUAUGGCAUCCUAAAACAAAGGGGACAACGUAUAUCUAUGAAGCAUUGUUGAGGCCAUUUGUUGCAAGACAUGAAGGGGACAUUGACAGGAGAUUCUGGGAAUUUAGAGCCAAAGCAUGGGACUUAGCCAUCUAUUACUGGCACAACUGCACAGAGUUAGGACAGGCAAAGAUCCUUGACAUGGUCGAGCUCAUGGCUUCUCCCUCUAGGAAGGGCACCCAAAAAAGCUCCGAGAAGGACAAACACAACCGUCAUAGCAGCGCACCGCCGCCGCCGUCGCCACCCCCACCUCCUAGCUCAUCUUCCGGCUUUUUCAAGAAGAAAUCGUCGGACAAGCGGCGGACGUCGCCACCACCUUCUCCGUUUUCAACUUACCGAUCAAUAUCACAACCGACUAAGUCAAAUUUGGUGGAGGUUCAACUUCCGGACCAAACACAAGUCGUAUAUUCCGGCGAAAAUUAUAUAGUAGAUUCAGAGAGUGUAUCUAGCUAUGAAGAUCGUUCGCGUGGCUGGAUAUCGAGAUUUAGCCGUUCCAGAGGCCGUGGUUAGAUUUAGAAUAUGUAGAAAAUCUGUGAAACUGUAAAAAGGGAAACCAGUUGUAAUCAAAACUCGAAUUUAUUUAUUUAAUUAUAUUAUUAACUUUGAUUGAUUUUUCAA